GGAGGCCGUCGUGGUCGCCGUCGCCGCGGGCCCCCAUGGGCGGGUGUGUGGGCGCCCAGCACGACUCCUCGGGAAGCCUCAGCGAGCCGCCGGACGGAGGCGGAGUUGCUUUAGGUCGCAAUCAGCCUCUGAAGAAAGAGAAGCCAAAAUGGAAAAGUGAUUAUCCCAUGACCGACGGGCAGCUGCGCAGCAAGAGGGACGAGUUUUGGGACACGGCACCAGCUUUUGAAGGCCGCAAGGAGAUUUGGGAUGCCCUCAAGGCCGCAGCACACGCAUUUGAGAGCAAUGAUCACGAGCUGGCACAAGCAAUCAUUGACGGUGCAAACAUAACAUUACCACAUGGCGCCCUGACAGAAUGCUACGAUGAACUGGGCAACAGAUACCAGCUUCCAGUCUAUUGUUUAGUGCCCCCGGUCAACAUGAUAGAGGAGAAGAGCGACACAGAGACUCUGGAUUUUCCCGAGCCCCCGCCCAACUCGGGCUACGAAUGUCAGCUGCGGUUACGCCUCUCCACGGGCAAGGACCUGAGACUCUUAGUCCGCAGCACGGACACGGUGUACCACAUGAAGAGGAGGCUGCACGUGGUGGAAGGAGUUGACCCGCUCAAUCAGCGCUGGUUCUUUUCGGGCCGACCGCUCACCGACAAGAUGAAACUGGAGGAGCUGAAGAUAGCAAAGGACUACGUGGUUCAGGUCAUCGUGAGCCAGCCCUUACUCAAUCCGACGCCCGUGGAGAACUGAUGGGGUCCCGCCGGCUGGUUCCCCCCUCUUUCUCGUCUUUCUUCCUCCGCUCUGGGAUUUAUUUUCCACUGCUCUUCUCUUCCCAUAUGUGAAUUCAGUUCUGAGGAGUGACCAGCAGAGAAUUCCAUCUGUGAUGGAGCCGUACACACAGUAAAGUGAAAUCAAUCGCAAAUAACCGACCCUCGAAACGCACGCGGUCACUGUUCCCGGUGCAAGAGGCGGUGUGGCAAGUAGCUGAGCAUUUGAAAAGCAACAAGCAGCUGGCCUAAAGUUCUUUGGACCGAAAACUCUUCAAGGACAGCACCUUUUUGAACACAGAAUAGUUUUCUAAAAAUGUUUACAAAACCAAAUUGUACUAUUUCCAGAAUCAGCACUACGUAUAUAGUUCAUCCAAAAGUGUAGCUUCUCGGACGGAAAGAGUCUGCUUUAGUAUUUAUA